AUGGGUAAUUUAAAGCAAGAUCUGUCACACGAUCAACCUUGCAAACCGCGUGCUUGCGCCAUUCAAGAUUGCUUGCAGAAAAACUCCUUUAAUGAGGACAAAUGCCAGGCACAAAUUGAUGCUUUGUACGAAUGCUGUAAUGCCUUCUACCAAGCGCAAGGUGACCAGGCGUCUACCCUCAGCUGCCCUAAAGCAAAUUUGCUGCGGCUGAAGAUGAAGCAACGAGCUCAAGCAGCAGAGAAGCAGUGA